AUGUCAUCUUCUUCUAAAAUUAAAAAAAUUAAUUUUGAUUUUAUCUAUAAUAAUGAGGAAAUUAAAAAUAAUGUGUAUUUACCAAGUAGCGAUACUUUUACUUUCAUUGAGGCAUUGGAAAAUGAAGUAAAACAUAUCCCAUCAGAUGUUAAUAUCGCUUUAGAAAUGGGAGCUGGAACUGGGUAUUUGAUUUUAUCUUUGUAUGAAAUGCUACUAAAAAGAAACAAAAAACUUGAGCUUCUUUACUGUAUAGAUAUAAAUGAAGCAGCAUGUAACUGUAUAAAGAAUUUAUCAAAUAUUAAUAAGGUUUCAAAUGUAGAAAUAUUAAAUAACAAUUUAUUUAACAAUAUGAGAAAGUGUAACCAAUUUGAUUUAGUUUUAUUCAACCCACCUUAUGUUCCAACAGAAGAAGAUGAAAUGAACAAAACAGAUAUAGUUGCUUCCUAUUCAGGAGGUAAGUUAGGGAGAGAAAUUAUUUUGAAAUUUUUAUUAAACGUGUAUGAUUAUGUUAGCAAUAAAGGAGUUAUAUAUUUACUAUUAGAAAAAAAUAACAUACCACAUGAAAUAAUGAAUAAUGUAGAUAUAAAAAAAAGAUUUAAUUAUAUUGAAUUAAAAAAAAAAAAAACAUUAAAUGAAACAAUUUUUAUCUACAAACUUAGUAAAAAACUUAUUCCAUAA